AUGGAGGCAAGGAACACUACUGGAGAGCUCCUAAGAGUGGAUGCAAACAUCACAGACUGGGGGACUAACAUCACAACAGUGAAUGGAAGAAACCACACUGAAAUUCCACUUUGUGCCAUCAUAUACUGUACCAUGACCUUCCUUUCCCUCAUCAUUGCCCUGGUUGGGCUGAUUGGAAAUGCCAUAGUGCUGUGGCUUCUGGGCUUCCACAUGCAAAGGAAUGGCUUCUCUGUAUACAUCCUCAACUUGGCUGGAGCUGACUUCCUUUUCCUCUGCUUUCAAAUCGUACAGAGCCUUCAUAUUAUAUUGGACACACUCUACUCCAAGACCAUUGACAUUCCUCUCUUUUCUUUUGUUGUAUUAAACAUUGCUUAUCUUUGUGGCCUGAGCAUGCUCAGUGCCAUAAGUAUUGAACGAAGUCUGUCUGUCAGGUGCCCCAUCUGGUAUCGCAGUCAACGCCCAAGGCACACAUCGGCUGUCAUAUGUACCCUGCUUUGGUUUUUGUCACUGCUGCUAAGCAUCCUGGAAGGGGAAGAAUGUGGCUUCCUAUUUGAUAGUCUUGGCCAUGGUUGGUGUCAGACAUUUGAUUUCAUUACUGCUGCAUGGUUAAUUGUUUUAUUUGUGGCUCUUUUAGGGUCCAGUCUGAUCUUAAUGGUUACCAUCUUUUGUGGCACACACAGGAUCCCUGUGACCAGGCUGUAUGUAACCAUUGGGUGCACAGUGUUGGUCUUUCUGCUCUUUGGUUUGCCCUAUGGAAUCUACCAGUUUCUCUUAGAAUGGAUUGAAAAUUUUAAUUAUGUUGUGCUUUGUGAUUUUUAUUCAGUGACAAUAUUUCUGUCAUGUGUUAACAGCUGUGCCAAUCCUAUAAUUUAUUUCCUCGUUGGCUCCGUUAGGCAUCGUAGGUUCCAGUGCAGGAGUCUCAAGCUACUUCUGCAGAGAGCCAUGCAGGACACUUCUGAAGAGGAAGAAUGUGAAGAAGGGGUUUCUUCAGAAAGAUCUAGAGAAACAAAAACAGUCUGGCAGCGAUUGAGAUCUGUUUUAAUCAGGCAGAAGUAG